CUUGUAGUAGAUGCCGUAAACGGAAUCUGCCGUGCGAAUACGUCCAUGACUUCCUGAACCAAUAUGGCAGUAACUCGCAGGGCCAGGAUAAUUGGUGCUCAAUACCGACAACUGUUGAGAACUUUGGCAAUGAUCCAUCCAUGCUCUCCAGUAUUAAUGCGUUUAUACCAACCUUUGAUGAGAUAAUCAAUGGCGAUAUGAGUAGCUCAAUUGGGCUUCAGCCUGGCCCAGGGCUUUCGUCUUUGUUGGAAGACUUGGUAGCGCCAGGGUCGGGAAGCUUGCCACAGCAACUGGUAGCUCCCCCGAACCCAAUAGCAAAACAUAUACCUAUCAAUAUUUACUUUCAGCCAACUCUCGAUCCAAUAGGCGACGCAAGCGAACUUUCUUGGCUGCAAGUUGGAGACAGCCAUACCCCUGACACCGAAAGAAGCAAGCCAAAGACCUCGGUGACUCAAAAAAGGGAAACAAUCGAAUCCAAAUUGACAAAAAAAUUAUUAAUCGGACAGCUUUUCAAUUACUUGAACCUGAUGAACAGCAGCCGUCUUCCGCCCUUUAUCUUUACCGCGUGCAAACAAGGCGAAGGCUGCGGAUUGAAUGGAAGCCACCAAUGUCUACUACGGCCUCUAGAAAAUUGCCGUGCGAUUAUAACGAUGGCGGAGAACAUCGCGACGUCAAACAAGGGUUUUGUCUGGGCGGUUGUCGAAAAUGAAGUGCUGCGAUUGUAUAAAGAUCUGUCAAACAUGGAUUGUUAUGAGGUCCAGGCAUCAUUGCAAGCGUGCACCAUUUAUGCCCUACUAUAUGCACGCUAUAUCAGGCCAGUUCAAGCCGGAGGUGUACUUUCAGUUAUAAAAGCAAUCAUAGACUUUGGCCGACACCUCCAUAGUAUGCAUGACUUUCGAAGUCCGUUGGGCCCAGAUGAAAGUGCCAUCAGGCAAGAAUGGAUACUAAGGGAGGGCACUCGCCGGACAAUCUGCGUUCUUUACGGUAUAGAACUUCUCCUAGACGUCUUCAAGGAAGAUCCAGAUCAUGUGAAAUGCCGGGGACUCGAAAAUGUUCCUCUCCCAUGCACGCGAGAUCUCUGGGAACCUGUCCCGGACCCGGUAUGGAUCAGGCGGUAUCAAAACUCCGUGUCGCUGCAACACGGCGUUGAGAGUAUGUGCCUUGGCACGAUACAGUCUUCAAUAUUCCUGUUGAAUGGACGAAGUACCGAUGUCGAAUCGAAACAAUCUGACUCUCAUGAGGCGAUUUCUCGUUGGUGUGAAGAGGCUGAUGAGCUUGGAACGCUUGUAUGGAUGACGAUUUUGGUGGAAACAAGAUGAGCUAGCGAUACGUUUGAGAUUGGGAAUAUGAAUUGGCAAAGUCUUUCUCGCCAUAUUUGAGCUCAAAAUAUAUAAUAUCGACUCUUAUAUUGC